AUGUCACCUCCUUCCGAUUUCUUGCCGCAGAUGAACACUACUCAAAACCUGCUGAGAGUCUCGUUCAUACCGUGGCCUCCGUAUUUGACCGUCGCCUACCGCGGCGACAAGCUCGCAGUGGGCGGGCCAAUGGGUCACGUGCUGGACACCCUCACGAACAGCCUGAACAUGACAACAGGUUUGAAGCAACCCUUCCAUGCGAUGGCCAAAUGGGAAUUCGACUCCCAAACGGCUCCUGGACAGGAGCCGUCGGCAAGCGUCCAGAGAAGGGAAGUGGACAUGACCAUCGUGCCUAUGGUCCAGUCUCACAGCCGCAUGACCGUCGGCCAGUACGGUCCUCCGAUCAUGUACGUGCAGUUCGGCAUUCUCUCUGGCACCGGAGUGAGCACGUCCAACGUAUUCGGAUACAUGCUCACCUUCGAUUGGAAGGUUUGGGCCCUGCUUCUCAGCGCCAUGCCUGUGCUCGCACUGCUAAUAAGCUUGUCCGAGACCAUCGUCCACAAGACGUCAUGGAAGGAGGUGCCACACAGAGUGCACGAAUGGGGUUGGGAGCUCUUCAGAAACCUGCUCUACGAAAGUUCACCACGCAUCCCUACACAGACGUCGGCACGCGUCGUGCUAAUGGCCUGGCUGCUGGCCGUGCUGGUGAUCGCCAACUCGUUCGCGGGACACUUGAAGUCCAGCAUGGCUGUCAAGAACGAACCUGCUCAACUGGACACCGUCCACGACGUGAUAGCUCAGCGCAACCUAAGGCCCAUCGUCUGGAAAGGAUCGCACUACGAGGCUUUUCUGUCGACCGCCCGGUCUCCGGUGCUGAGUUCACUGUGGAGAAUGGUGACGAGCACCAAUGGGUCUCAGCUGGGCCGGGACAUGUUCAGCGACGAGCACAUGCGGCUGGUGGUGGAACGACGCGCCGUGCUCAUGGUGGAUCACAUGUCGCUCCAGUGGCGCACAGCCGCCUACUGCCGCCGAACGCUGGUGCCCGGCUUCCACUUUGCGCGAGAGCAUGUCGAUGAGAACCCGCUCUCCUUCCUGAUGUCACCGGCCAUGAGCAGGGACCUACAUCAACGCAUAUACGCGAGGAUCAUGUGGAUGUGCGAGAGCGGCCUGGUACGCAAGUGGAUGGCCGAUAGCCUGGGCGACUGGCAACGCUGUGUGCGACAGACGGGAGGCCACGCUGCGGAGGACCUCACCGUCUCGGACACCCUGGCGAGCUUCGUGCUAUGGGCACUGGUCAUGGCGGUGGCCCUGGCAGUCUUCCUUGUGGAAGUGCUGCGCCCGCGCUCGGCAUCAUCACAGCGCACUCUGCAGACGCAGCGGCUCACGGGGCGCACCAAGGCGACCCGAGUCCGGUUGAAGAGGCCGUGCAUGCCACGUCUUAAACAAAGCUUACCAGUUUGCUAG